AUGAAGCACGCUACCACCGUUCUCGCCGCUGCCGGCCUCGUCUCCCUCGCCAAUGCCCACGGCUACAUCUCAAGCCCUCAACCCCGUAUGCCCGGCUCCGCUAUGGCCGCUGCCUGUGGCCAGCAAGUCUACAACAAUCAAGCCGCCGACCGCGCUGGCAACGUUCAGGGUGAACUGCAAGUUGCCGCCUCGCAAUCCGACUAUGACGCCGAUGCGUGCCACAUCUGGCUGUGCAAGGGCUACCAGUUCGACGACAACACGGACAACGUUCAGUCGUAUACUGCCGGCGAGACUGUCGACUUCGUGAUCGACAUUGUCGCUCCCCACUCUGGUGUCGCGAACGUCUCCGUCGUCGACACUGCCAGCAACUCCGUCAUUGGAUCCGCCCUGAAGAGCUGGGACGUCUACGCCUCCACCGAGACUGGCGUCACGGAGGAUGAGACAAACUUCUCCAUCACCAUCCCUGAUAACCUUGGCAGCCAGUGCUCUGAGGCCGGCGCCUGUGUUCUCCAGUGGUACUGGUAUGCCGAGAGCAUCGACCAGACCUACGAGUCGUGCGUUGAUUUCACUGUUGGUGGAAGUGGUAACGGCAGCGGCAGCAGCGGCUCUUCCUCAUCUUCUGCUGCGGCCCCCAGCUCCACCUCCCCCGCUGCUGCUUCUACCUCCACAUCUACCACUGAGGCCACCACCGCCGCCCCCACCUCUACCACCACCACCGAGGCUAAGGUCCAGGUCCCUACAACCCUUAGCACCGCUACCCGCCCUGCUGAGACCACCACUGCCACCGAGACUGCCACCGAGACUGCUGCCUCGUCCGCCGCUACCGGUGUCCCCACUGACGGAACCACCAGCGAGCAGCUGAACUGGGUUUCCAGCAUCUUCAAGGCUCUCUACAACCGCGAUUGCCAGGUGGCUAGCUAG